AUGGCCACAGCCUCGGGCCAUGCCUCUGCACUCUCCACAGCCUCGCACACAUUCAGCUGCCUCCGUGCCAUAGCCGGUGUGGUUGUGGUUGUGGUUGUGGUUGUGGUUGUUGUCGCUGGGACUGGUGGCAGUCCGUUUCCGUCGAUUCCGUCGAUUCUGUCGAUUCCGUCGAUUCUGUCGAUUCCGUCGAUUCCGUCGAUUCCGUCGAUUCCGUCGAUUCCGUCGAUUCCGUCGAUUCCGUCGAUUUGA